CUCCGCUGACCAUCAUAGGAUUCCUCUGAGGAGUAAAAGUAACAUUUGGCGAAAGGACACCCGACACCCGGUAACCGGAUCCCGAGGCGGAAGAGUGACUGAAUGGAGUGAACAAAUAACUCAGGCAUGUCUUCCUGUGGCCUGAAUGUGAGUCAAACACCGGAGGUCCGCGCGCCGCCCCGGGACGUGAAGGAAGACGAUGAGGACUCUGAGUAUUUUGCGCGCACGCUCGCCGCCACCGAUUUCUCUCCUCCUUCAUCAUCAUCAUCAUCCACAUCAUCAUCAUCAUCAUCGUCAUCAUCGCCUUCCUCCUCGUCUCCGUCUCCGCUGUGCUUCUCCGCCGAGCAGGUGGCGUGUGUGUGCGAGGCGCUGCAGCAGGCGGGACGGGUGGACCGCCUGGCCCGGUUCCUGAGCACUCUCGGCGGCGGACCACACGGCGGCGGUGAGAGUGUACUCCGCGCGCGCGCUCUCGUCGCCUUCCACCAGGCGCGCUACAGCGAGCUGUACGGUAUCCUGCAGGGCCACAGCUUCAGUCCCGCGUGCCACGCCGCGCUGCAGGAGCUCUGGUACAAGGCGCACUACACGGAGACGGAGAAGGCGCGCGGCCGCCCGCUCGGCGCUGUGGACAAGUACCGCGUGCGCCGGAAGUUCCCGCUGCCGCGCACCAUCUGGGACGGAGAGGAGACCGUGUACUGCUUCAAAGCGCGCUCACGAAACGCGCUCCGGGACGCGUACGCGCGCAACCGCUACCCGUCCCCGGCGGACAAGAGGAACUUAGCCAAAGUAACGGGACUGUCGCUCACUCAGGUCAGCAACUGGUUCAAAAACCGGCGGCAGAGAGACCGGAACCCGUCCAAAAGUGAAUCCGACGGGAACCACAGCACCGAGGACGAGAGCAGCAAAGGACGUGAGGAUUUGUCUCCGUGUCCGCUCUCAGGCUCUGCUGAUAGGAUGGCGUCACACGUAUCUCCUCCCUCCCGAGCCUCAGGACUCCAUCCAACGGAAGACGAUGUAAACUUCCUGUAUAACGGGGCUUUCCUUCCGUCCUCCUCCAGGUUCCUCUCCUCCACAGGAAGCCUGGCGUUCGGCGUUCCGGGUCUCACGCUCCAGCCGCCGGAGUACAGACCCGAGACCGACGGAGAUGGAGCGCGUGAGAAAAGGAUGGACGGAUCGGAAGCGAUGGGUUCUUCUGACGGAGAUGGAGCGCGUGAGAAAAGGAUGGACGGAUCGGACGGAGGAGACGACGGCGUGUUGGUGAACUCUUUCUUCAGAGGCGCAGAAGCGGAGGUGAACAGCGGAGCUUCAGGUACAGAGUACGAUCACGCGGCAAAGGUCCAGCUCACCAGUUACGUUCCGGAAGAUGAAGCUACGGCAGAAGGAGGAAGUGAAGAAUCGUCGCUGAUGAGAGACUCUUUAACCCUUCCUCAUCUGCAGCUGCCUUCGUCUUCCUCACCUGCUGCACCGACACAAGUGCUGGUUAGCGUUAGCAGCUUAGCUGUGGAGCAGGAGCAGGGGAGUUUGGCUCGUCUGCAGCCCAGCACGGUGCUCUUUAACCUGGGCGACUCUUCUGCGCUCGGUCCAGUCAAACAGGAGCGUGAGAGGGACGUGGAUUUCUCCUCUGUGCAGAACUCACACCUGCGCUUCACACACACACUGCUACACCCUCCACACGGUCAGGCGGAACUGACGGACUUCAGGGGUCAUGACCCUCAGAUGACCUCUGACCUCAGUGAGGACUUCCUGUGUUCUGCAACAGAUGUAUAGAGAGACGACUGAAUUUUGUGACGUGUUAGAAUAUGUUCUGUGUGUGUGUGUGCGUGCGUGCGUGCGUGCGUGCGUGUGUGUGUGUGACGAGAGGGUGAAUGUAUUAGAUUUCAGAUAAGAAGUGCUAAAAAACCAAACUGUAAAAUGGACACACGUUACUGUUACUUUAGUUAAAAGUCAGAAAGGGGACUCGUGCACAUCGCAGGAUUCAUGCGAGCCAAUCAAAACGAUCAUUGUGUCAUAACUAAUUUGCAUGAAAUGUGAGUUUCCGUGUCAGCUGUCUGUGUGUCACUGUGAGUGUGAGGUUAUACAUCUACAAGUUAUACAGAUUUUUUAUUUCAAUAUAAAAUAUGCUUUAUUUAAACAUA